AUGGCUGACCAAUGGACACGUAAUGGGCCCAUAAGAGUGGCUCUAAAGCGACUUAAUAAUUCGCUAAAUAUAAGCGAAGAUUAUUUGAACCAACUUUAUAAAUAUCAUCAAUGUGAGAACGGUGCAGACUUCUUUGGAAUAACUAAAGAUCAUACCUCGAAUUAUAUGUUUGUUAUGAAAUAUGACAGUAAAAUCUUAUAUUCAUAUCUUGAUGAAACUCAAGGAAAGAUUUAUUGGAAAGAUAUUGUUGUAAUGCUUUGGGGAAUAUCUGGAAGCAUUGAAUAUAUUCAUGAUAAUGGAUCAAUUCAUGGAAAUAUUCAUGGAGGAAAUAUAUUUGUUGGAGAUGAACAAGAUCCAUAUAACAAUAAUUCACGUAUCUCAGAGUUUAUUGAUUCAUCAAUUGACAAGAAAGGUACAUAUGGAGUACUUCCUUAUAUAGCUCCCGAAAUUCUUCAAGGAAAUCCGUUAACCGAGACCGCAGACAUUUAUAGCUUUGGAAUUAUCAUGUGGACACUCUCUGCUGGUAUUCGCCCUUGGUGUAAUAGACCGCAUGAUUUUAAAUUAGCUAGUGAAAUUUGUAAUGGCAUUCGACCUGACAUUAUUGAUGGAACCCCAUACGAUUACGUUAAAUUAAUGACACAAUGUUGGCAUUCUGAUAUAUCUAAACGUCCAACUGCAUCUGAAAUAUAUGACUUAUUAGGAAUAUGGAUUACUGCAUGUGACGAGCCGGAUCAGUCCGAAUUAUCUGAUCAGUUUGACCUUGCUGAAAAGAAAACAUUUUCAAAUUUAGAAAUCUAUGGUUUUCAUCUCAAAAGAAUCCAUAAUGAGGCUUUUUAUACAAGCAGGCUCUUGAGUUUCCCUGAAUUGCAUAAAAAUGAUGAACGUUUGUAA